CCCUUUCGGCUUGCGCGACGCCCCGGCGGCCCUCCGCCCCGGGCCCGCGGCGCCCGCCGCCGCGCGGCCCCGCCGCGCGCUCGGCGCCAUCUGGCGGGCGGGGGGCGCUGGCCGGAGUGCACCCCUGGCGCCCUCCCGCGUCUCCGCCCAUGCCGCCAGCGCGCGGGGCAUGACAGCCCAGGACGAGGACCCGAUGAGCACUUCCUGCUCGAGCUGGGUGAACUCCAGGUCUCCCUCAGCCAUGUGAUCUCCUUCGUCGGGACGGUUGGCUUCCUGGUGGUGUCGCUGCUGUGCUGCUUCUGCGGCGUCGGCAAAUUCCUCCUCGCGGAGGUCCACGACCACGAGGACGAGGCCGAGGAGCACUCGGACAUGCCCAGGCCGCCCACGUUCUCGGUCGAGGAUAAGAAGCGGUUCGGCCGCCGGGCGCGCAUGCGCCUCCACCAGUACGUGUGGUACUUGAGCCGCGUGGGGUGGUUCCUGAUCGGCGAUGCCUGCCAGGCCAUUGUCCACCUCGUCCUCGCGGGUGUCUUCCUCCUCUUCGGCGUCGUGAUGCUGAUGCCCGGCGGGUUUGGCGGGUCCAUGAUCGCCAUGCAGGCGGCCGGGGUCGUCAUCCUAGUCACCAUGGCGUUCGUCACCUUGCGGCUGGCGCAGGUGCUCUUCAGCAUGCACGUGGUGGAGCCCCUCCAGGCGGUGGCAGACUCUGGGCACAACCGCCUGCUGAAGCUGGAGAGGCGGAUGGACGCCAGCAUCCACAGCAUAGACCAGGUCAAGCACACCAUAGAAGACGGCAUGCACCGCGUGUGGGUGAGCUUUGAGAAGGUCGUGGAGCCGGCCGUGCACCAGGCCGAGUACAUGAGGGAGGUGCUGCACAGGCAAAGCCAGGCCACGGAGGAGAUCGGCCGCCACCUGCGCGACUCCGCCAACCGGCUGGGGUCCGCCCGGGGAGGACACCGUGCUCCUGGCCGCGGCCCACGCCUCCAGGCGGCAGGAGAUCCACAUGUUCGGGACGAACGCCUACCACCUGUAGCCACCCGCCGCGCGUGGGCUCCCGCGCGGCCCCGCCGUGCCGCUCGGCAUCCUCCCCCCUCUGCCUGCCCUCCCGCCGCCAUCCACCCCGCCGCUCCCCCGCCUCGAGCUCCCACGUGCUGGCGCCGGCUGCCCCGCAGUCGACGCGGUGGUCCAGUUAAUGCCCCUUCCGCGCGCGCGAGCUCGCGCUCCGACGCCUGGCGCCCUCUCUGGCACAGUCUGCCUCAGCGAACGUUCCUGACCCUGCGUGCCCCCGCAGGGCGCGGCGUGGGCCGUGGCUAA